AUGUCCUCAUUCGGUAGUCAGUCAGCCAAGGCAAAAGCUGCAGCGGUCGUCGAAGAUCUGACUGGCGGUUUCACGGCCAACGAAACUGUACCGGAGACAGAUACCAGCACAACUGCAAGGGGUUCAGCUACAGACGAUGUCGUGGGUGGUGAAUCGGUUGGCGGCCUCGCAUCAAAAGCCAACAACGAGGCUGCUAGUCGACAUACAGACCCAGACGCCGAGCCUCCUCGCCUCAACAAGGAUCAGAAGCCGGACAUCACCACCGAAACCGCGCCCACUACCACAUCUGCCAGAAAAGCAGCUCCUACCUUCGAUACCGACAAGGCACCGCCGAAUGAUCAAGAACCUGCAUAA